CGGUGAAGCUUUCUAUACUGAAACCCCUUUGCCGCACAGAGACGGAAACCAAACCCCCCAAAAAACCCAAACAUGGCUUCGAAGCUUCUAGCUUCAGCUCUCCGCAAAACCCUAACUCCCCAUGCCCCCAUUUCCAAACCCUCCUCCUUCUUCCGCGCCGCCUCCACCGCCGCGGCCGCCGUCGAGCCGUACGAGGAGGCCGCCGAUGGGGUUUAUAUGAAGGGGGUCAAAAUCUCCGGCCGGCCGCUCUACCUUGACAUGCAGGCCACGUCGCCGGUGGACCCCAGAGUCGUCGACGCCAUGCUCCCCUACUACCUCACCCGCUACGGCAACCCCCACUCCCGGACCCACAUGUACGGCUGGGAAUCCGACUCCGCCGUCGAAGCCGCCCGCGCCCAGGUCGCCGACUUAAUCGGCGCGUCCCCCAAGGAGAUCGUCUUCACCUCCGGCGCCACCGAGUGCAACAACAUCUCCGUCAAGGGCGUCAUGCACUUCUACAAGGACAAGAAGCGCCACGUCAUCACCACCCAGACGGAGCACAAGUGCGUCCUCGACUCCUGCCGCCAUCUCCAGCAGGAGGGUUUCGACAUCACCUACCUUCCGGUGAAGCCCGACGGGCUCAUCGACCUGGACCAGCUCCGGGCCGCGAUCCGGCCCGAUACCGGACUGGUCUCAGUUAUGGCAGUGAACAAUGAAAUCGGUGUGAUUCAACCUAUGGAGGAAAUCGGAGAAAUUUGCAAGGAGUUCAAGAUUCCGUUUCACACUGAUGCUGCUCAGGCGUUGGGGAAGAUUCCGAUUGAUGUGGAUAAGUGGAAUGUGAGCUUGAUGUCGUUGAGUGGGCACAAGGUGUAUGGGCCUAAGGGAGUUGGGGCAUUGUACAUGAGGCGGCGGCCGAGGAUUCGGGUGGAGCCUCAGAUGAAUGGGGGUGGGCAGGAGAGGGGGAUAAGGAGCGGGACGGUUCCGACGCCGUUGGUUGUGGGGAUGGGGACUGCUUGCGAGAUUGCGAAGAAGGAGAUGGAGUAUGAUCAGAAGAGGAUUAGUCAGCUGCAGGAGAGGAUGCUGAGUGGGAUUAGGGAGCAGCUGGAUGAGGUGGUGGUGAAUGGCAGUAUCGAGAGAAGGUACCCGGGGAAUUUGAACUUGUCGUUUGCUUAUGUGGAGGGGGAGAGCUUGCUGAUGGGGUUGAAGGAGGUGGCCGUGUCGAGUGGGAGUGCUUGCACCAGUGCUAGUUUGGAGCCGUCGUAUGUGUUGAGGGCGUUGGGGGUGGAUGAGGACAUGGCACACACUUCGAUUAGGUUUGGGAUUGGGAGGUUUACUACCGAGGAGGAGAUUGACAGGGCGGUGCAGCUUACAGUGCAGCAGGUGAAGAAGCUGAGGGAGUUGAGUCCACUUUAUGAAAUGGUGAAGGAAGGGAUUAAUAUUAAGGAUAUUCAGUGGUCACAGCAUUGAGCAGUUGUGUGAGAGGAAGUUAGUGGAGCAGUUAGUAUACAUAUAUACUGGUGAGCUGCAGCUGAUCAAAUGGAGAUGGAGAAUUCAAGGUUCAGUUUGCUAGCCUUGUUUGUAAAUGCCUUUUCACACCUCUCCGUAGUUACUCUUAUCACUAAAUUUUGCAGACACAGUAGUUUUUUCUACAUUUGCCCGCAGCUGUUUCAGUUCCUUGGUAUGGAAUAUGAGCAAGAUAGGUGAAGAUGGAGAUUUAGGUCUGAUGUUUUAUUUUCAUAAUUUGUGUUUACGUUUCAUGUUGGAUAGAAUACUUUUUACUGCAUAAGUUAUCGUUUGUCACAAUGAUAAUGUGGUGAAUAAGUAAUGAUUGAAUAAAGGUUGGUAGUUGAA